AUGAGAGUAAUCAUUGCCGGUGCGGGCGUGGCGGGCCCAGCCAUCGCCUUUUGGCUCGCAAAAGAUGGCCACGACGUCACACUGGUCGAGCGGUUUCCCUCGCUUCGAACCGCCGGUUUGCAAGUCGACUUGCGCAAUGAGGCGAUUGAGGUGGUUCGCCGCAUGGGCCUGCUGCAAACCGUCCGGGAGCGGUCCGUCCCGGAAAUGGGCACCAUCAUCGUCGACUCCAAGGGUCAGGAAAACAUUGUGCAAAGAAAGCUCGAGGUUGAGACCGAGAGUGGCGUACAAGGAAAGACGAGCGCCUACGAGAUCAUGCGCCGCGAUCUCAUCGAAAUCCUUCACGACGCGACAAAGGAGAACGUGACAUACCGUUUCGGCCUGUCUGUCGACCACUAUCGAAACAUCAAGGGCGACGAGAACAGCGAAGAGGGCCCCAAGACGGACAAGGUUGAGGUCACGCUGUCCGACGGCAGCAAGGAGAUGUACGACCUGCUGGUCGCGGCCGACGGGCAGGGCUCGCGCAUCCGCAAGCACAUGUUCUUCUACCGCCCCGAGGACGACGAUUCGCGGUGGCUGGGCAUCUUCUCCGCCUACUACACGCUGCCGCGGCGCGACUACGACACGAGCUUCUGCCGCAUGUACCACGCGACGGAGCGGCGGCUGGCGAUGACGCGGUGGCACCGCGAGGACCAGGGCCAGGUGUACCUGAUGGCGAUGAGCAACACGGAGCGGUUCCGGCGGGCGCUGGACCGGGACGUGGCCAGCCAAAAGGACGCGUUCGCGGCCGUCUUCAAGGGCAUGGGGUGGCAGGAGGAGCGUAUCCUGCACGCGCUGACCGACGCCGAGGACUUUUACGCCGACGAGAUGCUGCAGCGCCGCAGCACCGCGUGGUCACACGGCCGCGUGGUGCUGCUCGGCGACUCGGCGUACUGCGCGUCGCCGAUCGCGGGCGUCGGGUCCAGCAUGGCGCUCAUCGGCGCGUACCGCUCGCUGCAGGCCUGGCUGCCCAUGUCGACGUGGUCCAUCAAGCGGCUGCACGUCGCCGAGUGGGUGCGCAGCAAGGGCCGCGGCGCCCAGCCCUGGGCCAAGAAGGUCCGCGACCAGCGCUGGCUACUGCCGGACUACCCUGAGAUGUGCUGGCGCCGCAGCCCGUCGACGGCGCGGUCCUCGCUGACGGACGACUCGCGGUCGCGCUCGCUCUGGUCGCCCGGCGCCGGCGCGUACAGCUCGGCGUCAUCGGUGACUGGCGGCACCGCGGGGGAUGACAUUUGGCUGCCGUCUCACGAGCUCCGCGAGCAGCCAGAGGAGGAGGAGCGCGCAGAGGUGGAAACAUUUCCUGCUCAUUUCCCGACCUUUGUUUUCGCCGCCUUCGCCAUAUACGUCCCCGCGUACCUGGCCACUUACCGAGCUGGCCCAGAGCUGCAAGUCGUAGAGGACAAAGUCGACGUCGUUAUCAAAGAAACCACCCUGACUCCUGAUGAUGGCACUGGUGCUGCUAUCGUCGCCGAUGAAGUCGAUGUAGAGGAGAAGGUUGUCCUUCGUGAAAAGCCCGUCUCCAGAUGGAGGAUUCUCGCCUAUGGCGCCCCGAACCCCCGCGAUCAGCUCUCAUCCAUCCUGACUUUUCUCAUCAACGGCAUUUUUGUUGCCCUCACGGCGGAUGCAUUGUUCCGCGCGCGCAUCCUUUACCCGGCUGACGAUCUCUCAUUCGUCCGGCUGGGCUAUGUUUCCAAUGACGAAGCCAAGAUGCUUCUCCGAGAGCCCGAUCAGACGAAAAUGCCCGUCACGGUUGAGGUUCGCAUUGCUGAUCCUCAGCCCCCGUUUGAGGACCCCAUCUGGCGCCUGGCUGGCGGGUUUCGGUCGACCGCCGAUGACACUGAUUUCACAGGCAUUGUCACCAUUCCGUUGAGCUCCAGACAUCCUCGCUGGUACGAGUAUCGCACCUCCAACAAUCACACUGGCCGCUUUCUCUCCGCUCCCCGGCCCGGUCAACUAUCUGAAAAGACGGAUGGCAAGUUCACCUUCUUGUCUACUUCAUGCAUUCUGCCGCGUUUCCCGUACAACCCCCUCGACCACGCUUUGGCUAUUCCUGGUCUGCGCCAUCUUGCCGACAAGCUUCCUAGCCUGAGCGCCCAGUUCAUGCUCUUCCUAGGUGACUUCAUCUACAUUGAUGUACCAAGCCGCUUUGGCAAGUCCAUCGAUGAGUACCGCAUGCAAUACCGCCAGGUCUACGCUUCUCCGGACUGGGCACCAGUUGCCCAGAAUCUGAGUUGGAUUCAUGUCCUUGAUGACCAUGAAAUCUCGAAUGACUGGGAUGCAAGCAAUACAGGCGUAUACCAGGCCGCCUUGGAACCUUGGACCACGUAUCAGGCAAAUGUGAACCCUCCCAAGGCUCUCCGUGCCGGCACCAGCAAUGUUCGACGCCAAAAUGCCACCUGGUACACGUUUGCCCAAGGCCCGGCCAGCUUCUUCCUCAUGGAUACCCGCAGCUACCGCUCGCGCAACAAGGUGCCUUUCGAAGAUGAGGAGAAGACCAUGCUCGGCGCUGAGCAGCUGGAGGACUUUCUCGCCUGGCUGGCCCGCCCCGAGCCGCGCGGCAUCAAGUGGAAAAUUGUAGCCUCAUCUGUCCCCUUCACCAAGAAUUGGCCCGUCAAUGUUCGGGACACAUGGGGUGGCUUCCUAGUUGAGCGACGCAGAAUACUUGAGGCUAUGUGGGAUGCCGGUGCUCGCGGUAUGGGUGUUCUUGUUCUUUCUGGCGAUCGCCAUGAGUUCGCGGCUACCAAGUUCCCUCCGCCUGAAGGUUCCAAGUGGCCUGCCUCUGCUGCUGCCCACGAAAUAUCCACCAGCCCUCUCAACCAGUUCGCUUCUCCGUUCCCAACGUACAAGCAGACUGAUGAGGAGGAUGUUAAGUUAAAAUACAUUCCAUCCGGCUCUUCCAAGUUUGGAGCUUUCACUAUUGAGAAUAUCGAGGGCGACAGCUCGCUCCACUACCAGCUCUACGUGGAUGGCAAAGAGGCUUGGAACACAACCCUUGUUGCCGCUAAGCCUUCCAGCAAUAGCUCUGGUUCCAUUUGGGAUUUUCUCAAAUUUUAG